AUGGAAGCCAGUCCUACCACCCUUCUCUCCUUCCUCUUCACUCUCUUCCUCCUCUCCUUUCUCCCAACGUCUUUUUCUUCUCGAUCUUUGGCAAAAUCUGUUCGCUGCAACAAACACGACUACACAGCACUGAUGAAGAUCAAAGCAGCACUUCACAACCCAUACCACUUGGCUUCAUGGGUCCCCAACACCGAUUGCUGCGAUUGGUACGUCGUUGAGUGUGACUCCACCACUAACCGUAUCGUCCAGCUCACCAUCUUCCAAGCCAACAUUUCCGGCCAAAUCCCUUCCGAAGUCGGCGAUCUCCCAUACCUCAAUACCCUUGUCUUCCGACACAUCACUAAUCUCACCGGAAACAUCCCUUCCACCAUUACAAAACUCAAGUAUCUCACCAUGCUCCGACUCAGUUGGACUAACCUCUCUGGUCAAAUCCCUUCUUUCUUAAGCAAACUCACCAACCUAGAUUUCCUCGAGCUCAACUACAAUCAGUUCACAGGUUCCAUUCCUUCCUCCCUCUCUUCCCUCCCCAAAUUAACAGGUCUCCGCCUCGAUCGCAACAAGCUCACCGGAACAAUCCCGGAAUCGUUCGGGAAUUUCAAACAGUCUAUAUACCUCUACCUCUCUCACAACAAUCUCUCCGGUGAGAUCCCCAAAUCGUUAGGGAAAGUGGAUUUCGUCACGAUCGAUUUAGGUCGGAACAAGCUUCAAGGUGACGCUUCGAUGUUGUUCAAAUCAAAUGGAUCGAUUCAGACGAUUGAUCUGUCGAGGAACAUGUUCGCAUUUAAUCUAUCGAAUGUGAAAUUCGCCACAAACUUGCAGUAUUUGGACAUUUCACACAACAAGAUCUAUGGGAGCAUUCCGGAGGCUAUAACGGGAUUGGAUUUACAGUACUUGAAUGUGAGUUAUAAUCGGUUGUGUGGGAAGAUCCCUCAAGGUGGGAAGGUUCAGAACUUCGAUUCCUACUCUUUCUACCAUAACAAGUGCCUCUGUGGUUCACCGCUCGCUGCUUGUAAGUAAGGAAUUGAACAACCGUCGACAGGCUACAGCACAA